AUGAUCUUACCAACUUUUUGACCAUGGCUGAAAAACAGAGAGUAAUAUUCAAAGCAAUUGAAAGUAUCAGGGCCUCUGAAGAGGAGCUAUUCAUCCCAGGCUACCCCAAGUAUCUGCUUUACCCUGGGAAAAGUAUAAUAAAAAAAUAUUUAAGUCGUCAGAUCGUGAUAAAUUUGUAUCCUCUACAUGAUGAAGAAGCACUCAAGCGGCUAGGAAGUGAAUGGUACACAUUAAAGAAUUACUUCAGGAAGCAACCUUUAGACAAGAUUCAGGAGUACUUUGGAGUGAAGAUUGCACUGUAUUUCUCUUUUUUGGGAGCAUAUACCAUCUCACUGAUUCCUCCCGCUGUUCUUGGAGUUAUUUACUUCAUUUACCCAGGAUGUAAUGUGUACAGAGAAGCCACAUUUGCGAUGUUCAACCUAAUUUGGUCAACUGUAUUUCUUGAAGGCUGGAAAAGGUAUUGCAGUUCUCUGUGCUACAAAUGGGGAACCAUUGACAGCUCCAUAAGUUUUGCAAAAAGUUUUGAAGAGCCAAGAGCAGACUACUAUGGUGCUAUGGGACAUAAUCUGGUUACAGGAAAUCCUGAACCUGUUUACCCGAAAUGGAAGAGAGUUCUGAAAUUCUACCUAGUAACAGUACCUGUUAUUUCAUCAUGCCUGGCUGUUGCAUUUUUCGUCAUGCUGGCCUACUUCUGGGCAGAGCAGUGGAUGAAGGAAUAUUCCCCCCAAGACUGGGGUGUAAUCACAACAUUCAACAGCCUCUUGCCGACAGUGGCCUAUGCAGUUUGCAUAGCAGUCCUAAACAGCCUCUAUAGGAUUGUUGCAGUUAAACUUAAUAAAUUUGAAAACCAUCGCCUGGGGUCAUCGUAUGAAAAUCACUUGAUACUCAAGCUUAUACUGUUUGACUUCGUCAAUUGCUUUAUUUGUCUUUUUUACGUUGCCUUCUAUUUGCAAGACCGAAGUCUCCUAAAAACGUUUCUGGGAACCCUCUUGGUUACACAGCAGAUAGUUGGCCAGUUCCAAGAGGCUAUGAUACCAUACUUCUUUAUGCAGCGUCGCCAGAAGCAGUUUGAUCAAGCCUUGAAAAAAACUGAAGCUUUAUCAUUAUCCAAACAGACUGGUAGUGGAAUUUAUAUCGACCAAGUGUACAAAAGGCAGGCUUCUCUUGAAGGAUUGAUGGAUAAAUGGAAU